AGCCCAGAAACUUCACAAAUACAAGGAUUACUAGCGUAAAAAGCUACCUAAGCGUGCCUAGUCCAAAAUGCGUGGACUUGACUGACGCGCCCUACUUAUUAACAUCUGCCCAAACUAUGUUUGGUGCGUGUUUUAGAUCAGAGGAAGCAACUGCUUAGUUCGAGGAGCCGGUGACUCCCUUACAUCUCCUUAGGGGUGCAGAAGCUAAGAUAAAAGAGCCUAGGCAAACAAGAUUGUGUGGAUUAGGGAUGGUUGGGUGAUAUGUGAAGUACAGCGUCAACCAAAAAGUACGAGGUAACGUAUCCAUGUUGCCACAUGACGUCAGGAUGUUUUGGUGAAAACCAUGGGACAGCUAGGACAGGGAAAUUGAAACCAGUAAAGUGGAUUCACUGGACGUAUAUCCACAAGAGUUCAAUAUGGAUGAAGAGAGGACACAUCAGAAGAAACAGGGUCUUAUUGUAGCAGAAAUAGACAAGUUUACGCGACAAGGCACACAAGAACUCAAUCAAGGAAACUUGAAAAAGGCACUAGCUGCCUUUUCUAAUGCAUUUAAAAGAUCUCUUCCACUCAAUGAUGGAUUUACAGAGCGGGCAUGUGCAUUCAAUUUAGGGGCAGUAUACAUUGCUGUGAAUGAACCCAAAAAGGGACUUGAACUAUUACAGCGGGCUGUUCCUCCUCUUAACGGUAGAGAUGGCCAGUCAAAUGGUGACUUGUAUUAUAACUUUGGGCUUGGUUACGAGGCCUUAUCAGACCUCCCAGAGGCCAUCAGGCACUACAGUUUGGCACAGGAAGAGUACAGGAAUGAACUGACAAACUUUCAGAUGGAGUCUGAUGUGUGUCUCAGACUUGCUGAUCUCUAUACAAAACUGAACAAGUUCUCCCAAGCUGCAGACAGUUACAGAAGUGCUGCAACAGUGUAUUUAAAACUAGGCGACCUUCCCACUCAGGCCAAGAUGAUGUGUAAGCAAGCAGGUCUUUUAAUAAAAGUAGGGGAUACUGAUAAGGCCAUUGAAGUGACUGAUGAUUGCUUGAAGAUGUGUAAAAACAUUGAGGAAAGUCCAGAUAUUGCAAAAGUGAUGGUUGAGUUAGGCAUUCUGUAUACACAGUGUAGGGAGUUCUCCAAGGCUGCCAGUUGUUUUGAAGAAGGUCUACCACACUGCCGUGGACUCAGUGCUGAUGAGAAGACUGAGGCGGUGCUGCUACAGAACUUAGGAGCUGCAUAUAAUUCUUUGGGAGACUUCCAGAGGGCUCUUAGUUUUCAUCAGAAGGCUGCAGAUCUUCAUGGCAAGUUCAGGAACCGUACCUCUCAGGGCGAGUCCUUCAUGAACUUGGCAUUUGCUUGCACCCAAACAGGAGAUGAUGAGAGUGCAGAGGAAUACUACAAACAUGCCCUGCAGGCUGCAAAAGAUGGAGGUGACAGUCAUGGAGAGUGGCAAGCACUGGAGGGACUUGGAGUCCUUGCCUUUGUCAAUGGCAGCAUAGAGAAAGCUGUGCGAUAUUUCAAGCAGGCUUUGGGCAAGCUAUCCGUGUGUGAAAGCAAUCCCCAAGCCCAGGAGAGAAUAGUUGCAAAACUCACAGAUGCCCUAAGUUAUCAGCUUCAAGUUGGUGGUCAUGUUGAUGGCAGCAGUGCCCACGGUUUGAUGAAUGGAGGUGGUAAUGGAUACACUCACAGUAGAAGAAGCAGUAGUAGGAGUGGACAUGAUAUGGCAGGGCACCGGUCCCCACAUCAGCACUCGGAAAUAAAUGGAUGGACUAAGCAGUCAUCAGCUGAACCCACUGUGGAAGUGCAUCAAACAAGAGAGAGCCCAAAACAUGGAAAGACCAAUAGGAAAGAAAGAAAGUCAAAAGUGACAAGAAGAGCUACAUGGAGGGAAAAUAUGAUGAUGCAUUCUGGGCGUGUUGGAAUGCUUGGCCUUGGCAUUGAACCUCAUGAACCAGUUGAUGAAAAGAAAAGACAUUCUGACACAGAAUUGAUCAGUAGAAGGACUGGAUCUCGACCUUCUUCAAGAAAUGCAUCACGGCCAUUUACAGCUGCUUCUGAUCACCAUCAAACCAGCCCAGACAGUAUGAAUAGGAGAAUGAGAAGGAGCAGAGAUUUAAAUGGAGACUUUCAAAACCAGUCAUUGAAUUCGACUCGUCAUGGGAAUCAGCCAAUACGCCAUGAUACUUACUAUCAUACUGAUGAUGAUGAUUGGAAACAGAGAUUGAAGGACAUGAACCUCUCAGAGUCCAGUCAUUCUAGUAGUUCAGAUGAGGAAUCUGUUGUAGCACCUACAGGUAGAAGGCCAUUGUCUGCUUCCACACCUAAAAAAUCAUUGCAAGUAGCUCCCCAACCUUCACAUAGCAAAAUGGCAUAUAAACAGGAGAAAGGGCAUCCCAAGCAGAGACAAGUAACUGAUAGUAGUAUAACAAGUGUCACUGAAACUGAAACCAGCACAGAGAGUGAAAAGCCAAAAAGGCGCAGGCACAGAAAGAAGUCCAGUUCAAGUGAAGAAUCUGAGUCUGAAAGUGAAAGCACAACUGAAAGCGAUCACAAAAAGAAAAGGAAAGGACACAGGAAGAGAAGAGAUGUUUCCUCUUCAUCAGAAUCAGAAUCUGAGAGUAAAACUGAAACUGAAACUGAAAGUGAGUAUGAUAAAGGGAAAGGAAAGAGCAGAAGACAUCGCAAGAAGGAAACUUCCUCUCCCUCCACUUCAUCUGAGAGUGACAGUGAAUCGAGUAGUGAUGGUAGCAGCAGUAGCAGUGGUAGUGGAAGUAGUAGUGGCAGCAGUGGCAGUGGUAGUGCUAGCAGUGACAGUGAAUCUGAUAGUGAUGAGGAAACUUCUAAGACUGAGGAGAAUUCUGAUUCAGAAGAUGAGGAUAAAAAAAGUGUGAAAGAGGCAAUGAAAAAACAUCUUAAUGAUUCGUCAUCUGACAAAGAGGAUGGUUUUAAAGAAAAAUCAGAUAAGAAAAAAAUGGAUGAAACAAUACCUACAAGGGUGUCGGAAAGUGAAUCCAGCUCAGACACUGAGACAGAAACAGGCAAAGAAAAGGCAGACUCUGAUUCAGGCUCUGGAUCUGAAACUGCAACAGAAGAAAAAAAGGAUGAAAAAGAAAGUUUGCAGCCCCCUCCAGUACCUCCUCCUCUGAAUGGUACCUAUGAGACGCCAGUUCAGUCUUCAGAGUAUGCCAAAGUUGACAAAACCAAGAAGCAAACAGACACUGAAUCUGAAUCUGAAGAUUCUGAGGAUGAGAAUGAAACUGAAAAAGAUGACCCAGGGACAACAGAAAAACUUGACAAAACCUAUGAGAGUCUCCAUCCCAGAGACAGCAGGGAUGAUGAACAGCCGUCUACAUCUGCCUCACCCCCACCUUUGCCAAGAGGAGAAAGAGAAAGACUUCUCCAUGAAUACCACCAGAAGAUGAAGGACCGUGAAGCUGAAAAGAAGAAAAAUGAUUCAGGCAGUGAACCUGACCUUCCUAGCAAAUCACAGAAAUCAAAAAUGUGUGUUGUUAUGUAAAUUCGAUUAUAGGGUGAUAAAAUAAUCCCUUUGAUUAAGAAGAACCAACUCUGAGUGUUAUAAAGAAUUUAUUUACUUUCAUUUUGCACCCUGUUAAUAGCUGUCUUCCUCAUAUAGUUUUGUUUCAAAAAGCUUUCUUUGGUACUAGUUAACGAUGCAUGUAGAUUUCUUACAUGUUAAAAAAUGUAAAAAAUUAAAGGGUCAGUUUUAAGUUUAAGUAUUUAAAAUGAAGUUGUGAAACUUGUGAUUUAUCAUAGAGUCUAUGUCUAGUAAUGUUUUAGGAUAUACAAUUUUUACAAGUAAAUUUGUUUGUUUUGUUUUCAUUUCAUUCCAAAACCCAAUCAGUGAAUUCAAGUAAUUGUACUAAUUGAAAUGCUUUGUUCUUUGUUUUUCUGAAUUUAGCAUUAUUUAUCUUUAUUGACUUUUACACCAAAUGAUGCAUAAUACAUUUUACAAGGCAAUAUGUUCAGUGCAAAAUUUGAGAUUGUUAUCAACUUACUGAUCAUAGUACAGAUAUAUUAUAGUGCACAUGAUCAGGUUGAUUUUGUAUAAUUGAGGCAUACUUUAUAAAUAAAUUCAUUUGAAUAAUAACCCUUGA